CCCUGCCUGAGUUGGUGUUUGGCGGUCGUUUCUUCGCACAAUAAAUUAAACACCAAUGUAUGUUACUGAAAUAAUUGAGUAACUUGUUCUAAAUGGGGCCAAAGAUAAAGAGGAACACGAUAUAUGCAAAGGUUUUUGAUCGAAAGAUUGUUGUGGUGGAAAUUUCCAUACAACCUGAGUGUCUACAUAUAGGCGAGUGUUUGAAAGAAAAUAAAGCCAACAGCUACAAAUGGUUUACAAAAGAACACUUUGAUCGGUUAAUUUUGAAGCUAGAGGAUGUUAUUUUGGCAAAAGUUUUGGCUCCAUCAGAAGCUGUAGACAAAAAGAAGAGUGUAAGGAUAUCUCAUCGUGAUUGUUCUGAAAUGCUACCUGAUCCUGAAUUGUGCAUCCAGUAUCAAUUUGUCAAGAAAAGGAAAUGCAAGCAAACUGUCUUGAUUCGACAGAAACAGGAAUCAGUUAUAGAUGGCCUUAGGAAAAAUUCAGAGCAAUGUGGAUAUUCAGGUGGAGGAUACGGAAGCUAUGAUUUCUUUUCAGAGAAGCUUAAUGUCACUGUCAGUUUAGCUUCUCAAGUUGCACAUGACAUGCCAUCAGCAGGCGGGGUGAUUCAAGAUGUUGCAAGACAACAGCCAGCACCUUCUAAAUCGACCAUCAGCAAGUACUUCAACAAGGACCCUGCUUGUGUGACACAUUCUACCCAAAAGAAGAGGGCCGCCCUAAAGAAUAUGAACAAGAAAAGUGAAGCACAGAAAAAUGACGAUGCCCGUCUUUGUACUUCUUCUUCUGCUGGUGUGGAAGUCGAGUUAAAUGGAAAGAACACUGAAAGGUCCACUGUCUGUAACGAAUCAGAAGGUGGUACUUAUGGGAAGCCUGGCCGUAUUUCCUGGGUUAAUAAGCUUGGUAGUGAAAUAGACAGUCAAGAGGUCUUGACAUUUCAAGGAGAGGUCGAAAAUCCAGGAGAACAUGACAAUGGUGUUCUCUCAAGGCAUAGAGAUGAAGAUAACCAUUUACCAAAUGACUCCUCAGAGAAUUGCAGCGCUGCAUCUGGUUUGUGUCCAGAGAACGAAGAAUAUAGAGCAACCAUUUGCGCUGAAGACGCUGGGUCACUGAAAAAUGUAAAGAACUGUGACAAUGUUGAUACAAAGUCGACUGCUUUUACAACUUCUGAGUCGAAACGUUGCAGAUCGGGUUCAGAAUCUGAUUCUAUUGGCAUCGAAUCAAUACCUCUUCGUGAGCGUUUGUCCAAGAAAAAUGCUCUUAAGAAGCCAAAAACUGCAUCUGACAAUGAAGCUACAGGCAAAGGAAAAGAAAUCGACUCUAUAACUGAUUCUACUGAGGUCGAUUCAAUUCCUCUCAGCUCCCGAUUGUCAACGAAAAAUGCUCUUAAGAAACCAAAAACUGCAAGUGACGAUGAAGCUACAGACAAGCGAAAAGGAGACGACUCUACCACUGAUUAUACUGAGGUCGAUUCAAUUCCUCUGAGCUUUAGAUUGUCAAAGAAAAACACUGUUAAAAAACCCAAAACUGCCUGUGAAAGUGAAGAUGCAAACAAAAGAGGGGAAACUGACUCCUUUCCUGAAUCUGAUUCUACUGACGUCGAUUCAGUUCCUCUUCACGCUCGAAUGUUGAAGAGAAAUACUCUUAAGAAACAGGAAACUACGUCCACACGCAGCGAUGAAGCUACAGGAAAACGAAAGAAAGAGGACUCUCACACUGAUUCUACUGACGUCGAUUCAGUUCCUCUUCGCGUUCGAAUGUCACAGAAAAAUACUCUUAAGAAACCGGAAACUGCAUCUACACGUAGCGAUGAAGCUACUGGCAAAAGAAAUGGGGUGGACUCUAUCACUGACUCUACUGACGUUGAUUCAAUUCCACUGUGCGCGCUAUUGUCAAAGAAUAGUACUCUUAAGAAACCAAAAACUGCAUCUGGCGAUGAAACUUCGGGCAUAGGAGAGAGAACUGACGCUAUCACUGGUGCUACUGAGGUCGAUUCAAGUCCUGUUAGCUCUCGAUUGUCAAAGAGAAAUGCUCUUAAGAAAGUGAAAACUGCCUCUGGCGAUGAAGCUGCAUGCCAUAGAAAGGCGGCUGCUGACUCAACCGCUGUUAGAAUCGGCGAUGAUAACGAUUUCGAGUCACCAAAGGCCGGACGAAGUGCAGCCGGAAAGCGAAAAGGGUCCGACUUGUCUGAUGACCAAGAUUUAUUAACUUCUGUUUUUUCGACAGACAGUCAGACUUCAUCAACUUCUAACCGAGAAGCCAGGGGAGGCUUAAACUCUAAGAAAAGGAAAACGAGAAGGGCAGAUGCAAAAGCAGACGUUUCGGAGAGGAAGGUCUUAAAGCCAGCAAAGAAAAGGAUCACCAAACGACAAAUGAAAAGUGUUAAUAGAACUACAGCUGAAACCCUGGAAGAUGCCUUUGCGGAGCCUGGGUGUAGCCCAUUGGAGCCAAUCACAAUUGAAGACAGACCUCCUAUGAUUGUUAAUGUCAGCACUAUCGAAGAACUCACUGCCGAGCAAACGGAGUACCUAGUGUGGGAGCACGCUAGUAAACUGAGGGAAAUAUUUGAGGGCAAGGUAUAUAACCGGCGUCACGAGGAUUACAAAGCAGGUGGAAAGGUGAAAGGAGAUUUAGCUUUCCAAGUACAGUUUGGUCCAUUUUCCGAGGAACAACGAGACAUAAUUAUGGGAGUACUGACUAGCAUGUUUUGUUACAAGCACAGCAAGUAUUUUGAUUACGUCAGCAAAGUGCUUCUUCCAGAGACUUUGGUGAUGCUCUACAUGAAGGUUGUGGGUAAAACUCAAGAUGAGGCGGAGCUUUCACUGCUGGAAGCACCAGCAUCAACGUCAACUAAUUAAGUCCUAAUGCAGAAAUAACUUCUCCAUUCAUCCGGCAUGUUUACAACUUCUGACACAACAGUUCAAAGAGUUAUUAAAAAUUUAUGCUUAUAUUCCAAGACAGAAAUUUGCGUUUAUUAUGUAAUCUAUGUUUCUAACGUUAUUCUCUUCGAUAAAAGUUAGCAUUUCCUUUUAAACGUGUAAUAUAAAACAGAAAUAUUUGGUUUUGUCAUUACAUUUACGUACAUAUUAUCCAGGUUUUGUUAUCAUAUUUUCGUAUGAAUUAUCCAGCAAUAUUAUAAUUAAAAUUUUCUUUGAAAUGUAUAAUAUAAAACAGAAAUAUUUAUUUUUGUUAUCAUAUUUACGUAUAUAUUAUCCAGCAUUAUUAUAAUUAAAAUUUUCUUUGGAAUGUGUCAUAUAAAACAGAAAUAUUUAGUUUUGUUAUCACAUUUACUUACAAAUAUUCCAGGUUUUGUUAUGAUAUUUUUGUACAAAUUAUCCAGCAUUAUUAUAAUUGUAGUCAGAUAUUGAAAUAAAAGGAAACCACUGGACAACAA